UUCCCUCCCUGGAGGGAGGAGGGUCUGUCUAAAGAGAUUAUGAAACUCCUGAUGGGGAGAGGCUGGGAGAGGAGGGUAGAUAUAAGGGGACCGCAGGAGUGAGGAGGCACAGCUGGGUCCCCAGCCAGGAUGGAAGGCAAGCUCUAUGCUGGAGAAGACUAUAAGAAAGAAUUUGACCCCCAAGACAACUUGAAGACCUACUAUGCCUUCGAUUCAGGCACUGUAGCUGAAAAUGAAAUCCUGAAAUUUAACCUCAAAAACCUCUUCCAGACCUUCUCUUCAGGAGGAGUGGGAGGUGACAUCCUGAUCGACAUUGGCUCGGGCCCCACCAUCUACCAGCUGCUCUCGGCCUGUGAGGCCUUCCGGGAGAUCAUCGUCUCGGACUACACGGAGCAGAACCUCUGGGAGCUGGAGAAGUGGCUGAAGAAGGAGCCGGGGGCCUAUGACUGGUCCCCAGCCGUGCAAUACGUGUGUGAGCUGGAGGGAGACAGGAGCAGGUGUCAGGAGAAGGAGUCACGGCUCCGAAGGACAGUCACUCAGUUACUGAAGUGUGAUGUGACCCAGCCACACCCCCUGGCACCAGCCCAGGUGCCACCAGCUGACUGCGUGCUGACCCUGCUGGCCCUGGAGAGUGCCUGUCCUGAUGCAGACGCCUACCGAGCAGCGAUCCGGGGCUUGGUCAGCCUGCUGAAGCCGGGCGGGCACCUGGUCACCAUGGCAGCCCUGCGCUCCAAGCACUACAUGGUGGGUGCCAAGAAGUUCUUUGGGCUCCCCUUGGAGAAGGAGACGGUGGAGAAGGCCGUGCAGGAGGCUGGCUGCCAGGUGCUGCGGUGCGAGUACUGCCCCAUCAGUUACUCAGAGGUUCAUUCCACCAACGAGGGCAUCUGCUUUGUGGUCGCCCGCAAAGGCCCCAGGGCCUGAGGACACCCUGGCACAGAGGCCCUGCCCCAGAGGGCAAGUCACAGCCAGAGUGGCCAGAGUCU